CUUUCUAUGGUGACACACAUCGAGCAGCUGGAUUAUGGUGACCCUCUGAACGCAGUUUACUGGGAGGCGGUCUGUUGAGGAUUAGGCUGUUGCUCAGGGCACAUAGGCAAACAAAUAGGCUGGUCACAUUCAGAACUUCGUGUCAUCAGAAACCGCAACCAGGCUCCCUCCAGAACGAAUAUUUUUUUCCAUCUCUGUUUUGCUUUAGACACGUUUCUCAGGGCUUUUUUUUACGACGACAAAGUCAAAGUCAUUGCUAGCUUGCAGAGGGUAGAAAUAUAAAUUGCGUUACUAUCUUUAAAGCACUGCAAGCGCGCCGUAGACCCGCACCUGCGCUUUGGCGCAAGGCUCUUUGGGUACCAAAUAAGGACAUACACAGGAGCCUUCAUGUGGUCAUUGAUGAUGACGUCAGCAAAAGCGAAAUGCAGAAUAGCAGUGGUUGCUAUGUUAUAGUUUAAGGCUGAGAUUUAAAUGGAGGCGGGCACCAGUAAUCCUAUUAUAUAACGUGCCGGUGAAUGCUUGGUCAUUUUCUACUCAUCAGUUAUUCGUUCUACGCCAUCCUGCGACUAGGGAACCAAAACACUUGUAGCUUUCGUGAGAGCAAGCCAGUUGGAUGCCACCAGACUAUGUGAAGAUCCCAGAGGGAGAGGUAAGUGGCUAGGCCGUUUCACGUCUCAUCAUAACAUGGCUUUCCGGUCGCCGUAAAACCGCCCAAGCCGCGCAGCGCGUGUGACGAUUCGCUGACGCCACACCACCCGAGAGAGAGAGGGAGAGAGACAGAGAGACAGAGAGAGACGGCUGAAGACCCGACAACGUCUUCUCCACUGCGAAAGCUAGAUCUGCGGUAGAACUCACCCGCUCGCAGUCGCAUCACUAAACCUGCUGCUCCAACGCCGGCGACAUGGAGGUCCCCAGUCUGGGCCACAGCAUCACCAGCCCGAUGAGUCCAUGCGAGGCCAUGGUUAACAACCUCAGCUUGGAAAGCCUGGAGCUUUGCGAGAGAGACGGAGUCAAGCCUGAGGCGAGUGCUAUGGUAGAGAUGGAGGAGCUCCCUGUUCCCAACAGCAUUAAGAUCAGCAACAUCACAUGCGACUCCUUCAAGAUCUGCUGGGACAUGGACCCUCGGGCCAAAGACAAAAUAACACAUUACUUCAUAGACCUGAACAAAAAAGAGAACAAGAACUCCAAUAAGUUCAAACACAAGGACGUCCCCACCAAACUGGUUGCUAAGGCAGUGCCGUUGCCAAUGACAGUGCGAGGCCAUUGGUUCCUGAGCCCGCGGACAGAGUACACGGUUGCCGUGCAGACAGCCUCCAAACAGAGUGAUGGGGAUUAUGCUGUUUCGGAGUGGAGUGACAUCAUUGAGUUCUGCACUGCUGAUUAUUCCCCAGUGCAUCUGACUCAGCUGCUACAGAAAGCGGAGGUCAUUGCUGGAAGAAUGCUCAAAUUCGAAGUGUUCUACAGGAAUCAACACAAAGAGUACUUCGACCACGUGAAAGAGGUAGAUGGGAGUCGUAUGCUCCCAUCAGUGAAGGACAACAGUGGCAGCCACGGCUCUCCCAUCAGUGGCAAGCUGGAAGGCAUCUGCUUCAGCUGCAACACGGAGUUCAACACGGGUCAGCCUGCCCAGGACUCCCCCUACGGCCGCGUGCGCUUUACGGUGCCCGCCCAGACCCUGUUCGGCCCGCACACCCGCCUUUACUUCGGCGACUUCUACUGCAUGUACACGGCCUACCACUACGUCAUCCUGGUGGUGGCACCCAGAGGGUCACCCGGCGAUGUCUUCUGCCAAGACCGGCUGCAGGAGCUGAAUGUGGCUGACAACCGCUUCCUGACGUGUGUGGCGACCGAGGACGGGCAGCUGGAGUUCCGGCAUGCCCAGGACGUGAUCCUGGAGGUCAUCUACACCGAGCCUGUGGAGCUGGCUCAGGGGACUGUGGCCGAGAUCAGCGGACACCAGCUCAUGAGCAUGUCGACUGUCAACGCCAAGAAGGACCCCAGCUGCAAGACGUGCAACAUUAGCGUGGGGCGUUAAUGCUAACUCUAAAGCUAAUACUAAGCUAACUCCGCUUAUACUUGGCUAAAGCUAAACUUCAGUGGUUUCAAAACCUUCAUUCUUGAUCCUUUGCCCUUAUAAACUCAGACAUUAGUGUUGGCUGCAAAAGAUGGGUCCAGCAGCGUCCAUGUUGACCGUUCUUGCAUUGAAAAUGCCAACUGAUCUCCCUCAACUCUUGUGUAACGUUGUUCAAGUCGUCAGUGUGGAAUGUCUACACGAUUUCAAUGUCUGCAUUGGAAUCUACACCCUGAACAGGUCUUAAAAUAUAUGUGUGAAAAGCUGAACAUGCAAUCCCCUCUCCUGUUGUAAAGCAAAAAAAGAAAAGCCCACCUGUCUUUUACCUGUAAACCCCAGUAAGAAACUUAACCAAAAUGGCACCUGUAAGAUAUCCCGUCAGCCCCAACCCCAUUUGUCCCAGGAAUUCUGGGAACAUGGUUAAAUGGUUGACAGAGAGCCACAACCACCCCUUUAAACAGAUCUAUUGAUACCCUUUAUGUUUUCCCUGGCCGCUGACUGUGUUAAUAUUAUUGUUUUAUUUUGGAAAUCAAAAUGCAGCUCACUGCACUUCUAGCCUGCUUUGUUUUCUCUUCCGUUUUAGGGUGGACUGAUAUGUUAGUGUUUUCAUUCCUCUGUAUUUACUGGUCUGUCUGUGUAUAUGUGUGUGUGUGUGUGUGUGUGUGUGUGUGUGUGUGUGUGUGUGUGCGCCUGUUUAUCUUGUGUGGGAAAGUAAGGCAGUGUACUGCUUGUUCAUGCUGAAUGAGUUUGUUUAGUCAAUUCUCUCUGCAAAGUCUCUUUGUCUGCAUUGACUCUUUGUCUCCCCCUAGUGGUAGUUUUUUAUAUCCUGAGUGGUGCAGGGUCAUGCUUCACACAGUGGUUCCCAAACUUUUCAUUGCAGACCCCUCUUUGACAUUGAAAAUAAAUUUGUGAAGAUGCAAAGAUUGAGACUCAUAUUACUUCGCAUUUAACUAAACAAAAAAAAAAAACAGAUGCCCAUCAGCUGUUGCAUAGCUUUUCGUGAACAUUGUCUACAUUUGAACAGUUCAACAUUUUCAAUUUCAUUUUCACUUCACCUAAAUAUUUUAUCAGUUAAACAUUUUUUCUACUUUAUUUGAUCAGAGCUCUUGUUUAAAACAUUUAAACAUUUUUUACUUCUCACUGGGUGAUCAGCCCAUACAGUAUUAUUUCAGUACAGUAUUAAUACUUAGGCUAGCUGUCCAAUCUAACAUCUAGUAUCCCUUACCAUAUUAUAUACGUGCAAAGUAGCCUAUAACUAAUCUCCAAAUAGGUUAGUUAUCACCUCUAUGCUGUAAGAGCACUGCCAUACAAAAUUUGACCUGUAGUUGGUUGUUAAGAUUUCUCGUUCCAUUUUUUCCCCUCUCAACCCACACCCUCCUUGAUGUAACUCCCCGCUGCCUGAAGGGACCCACCCCACACAUUGGGAACCACUGCUUUAUACCAAAGGCUCAGAUAAAACACAGACACACGCCCAAAAACGACACGCUGAGAGCAGUCACAUCAAGCUUCUCUAACGGCCGACUCUGAGCACUGGGAAGGCCUGUUUGUCCGUUCCUGGUGAUAGAAGCUGUCAUGUCCUGGGUCAUGUGAUGGACAAUGCAUGAACUGUAACCAAAUGCAGACAUCUGUGUCCUUUCUUCUUCUGUUCAUACUGUAUGUCCAAGUCUGAGUCUUACUCUGUCCACAGGCUUAAUUACCAGGGGAUCGUUUUGCGCACUACUUCAUUGGUUAGUGAAUUUUCUCGGGGGUUGGACCAGGGCUGUCGCAUUGUCACAUUUUGUUUUCUUCCAGCUGUGGUUGCAGUGGAUGAGGUCACAGGGGAAAGUGAAAUGUCUUUAGGGGUAUCCAUUUUAUCCUCCACAUUCUAGGAUGAUGGAAUCCAAUAUUCUCAAAUGAAACAUGGCAUUGAUGUUGAAAUGACUGCAUGUGAUUAGAUUACUUGUCAACUUGACAAUGGAAAAAACAUGUUAAAAACAGAUUGCAACAGAGCGUGCUGGAGUGUGCUAGUACAUUUUUAUCUCAAAUCAUGACUGAAAGAAAUAUCCUUCUACUAAGUCUUGUCAAGAAACUAUGGAACUCAGCAACUCUAUUGGCCUUUUCAUUUUCUUCUCUAGAUGUGGUGCAACUAUGGCUAUUCGUUAUGGUGAACCAAACUAAUUUCACUGUUUAAAUUAGAAAGGAAAAAAGGUAUGGCUAGGCAAUUUGACUGAGCAUACACUUUUAAUGAACCAUUUUAGUGAUGAGGGACUCUUGAAACCAUAUCAGUUGAAUUGUACUACUUGGCAUUGACACCAUCUCAGAGAAGGACAAGAGACUGUGAGAAGCCUGUGUGUCUGUAUGACAAGCAGACAUAGAGUAUCCACAGAUGCAGCUGGUAACACUCUGUUAACGCAGAGCCACUGAACUGCCAAAAGAUGCCUGUUAAACUUAUAUCAGUAAACAUAUGCAAUUCAUGUGAGAAGGAAAUAUUUCCUAAGUCUGCUAGACAGUUUCUGACCGUCACAGUGAUUAUGUGUGUGUUGUCAGUGAAGUUAUAGAUGGAUUUAUAAACUGAAGUGUGUGAACUGUUGGGACACAAAGUGAUGACAUUUCUGAAGUUUGACCUCUGAUAGUAGGCACAAUGAUGCAAUGUUCUAUUGCAGUUUUAACCUCAAUAUUUCUCUGUCUUUUUUUUUCUCGUUCUCAGCUUCCCUUCAUCAUUAUUUGCGUGUUCAUCAUGUUGCUGUUUCUUUUUCUUUAUCUGACCGCAGUGUUGAUCAACACAAAAUGUGACUGUUUAUUAAAAGACCAUUCAGGUGUGUA